AUGGAUACGAGUAAUGGAAAAGUUUCUUUAUCUAUUACUAAUUUUGUUUUAAGGAAAGGCCAUGUUCUAUACAAUCCAUUGUAUUCCAAAUCCAUGAAAAAAGACUCUACAGUUUCACUUAGAUUUUUAAAUGAGCAACUUAGUAAUAAAAAUAACUUUGAUAGAACCCAUAUCCAUAUUCACGAAAAAAUUGUUUCUGCAACUUAUUGGCUUUACUUCAGAGUUAAGAAUGGUAUGCCAUCAAUAAUUCAUGAAAAAUCUGGCCUUUUAAUUGUACCAUUAACUCUUCGAUUCAAUCCCAACUCAGGAGAUAGCGGUAUAGAUAUAUUUGGCAAUUAUAAUCAUUAUCUGCUCUUGAUUCAAUGCAAAGAUUUCACUAACAAAAUUGAUGUCGAUUAUAUUCGUGCUUUCGAAAGUAUCGUAGCAAGAUUUGAUAAAGAUAAUACUAUUAGAGUUUAUGUGAUAUUGGCAAAGGACGGUUAUGCAAAGGGCUCUGUAGAAAGAGUCAAUUCACCAGAACGUUAUUUGUUGUUCACAAACAUAUGGAAUUUGGAUCGGGACAUCUCCGAGUACUUAUCUAAAAUAUCAAAAGAUAAUUCUGUAGAAGGAAAACUUCACAAAAUAGAAAAGGGGAUAAAUGAAAUUAUCGAGAUGCUCGAAAAAGAAUCAGAUGCAAGAACAAAAGGCGCAAAAACGAACAUUGAUGAACAUCCACAUACCAAUUUAUCAUCAGAAACUGAACUUUCAUUUCUUAGCUUUCAGCGUUCUGCUGACUUCGUUGAAGGCGGUCUUUAUCAAAUCUUUGGUGUUGUGCAUUACUGUUCAAAUCGUUUUUAUCUAAUCAGAAUAUGCACUCAAUACAGGUCUGAAUUGGAAUAG